GAGAAACUACUGCAUUUCAUCCAACGUCUGAUACAAUUUAUUUAUUUUAACUUUGCUCUGUGUCGAUGGCCUACGAGGAAAAAUGUAUGGCCAAACGCUUCCUUCAGCAGCUCAGCUCGGCUCAGCCCCCUGUGUGACAUGACAACCUGCUUCAUGGGGAGGCGCACAGAGGGGCCGAUGGACCCUAUAUAUAUAUAUAUAUAUAUGAGUGCCAGUGGAACGUAUAGCGCAUUGUUCCAUGAGAUAUUGCAAAAGCUGUUGUCUUUUGUUUUGUCCAGCUUGCUCUUUUCUAUCUAUCACCAGCUGAAGAGUGAACGUGGUUUUCUUCUAACUACCACCAGCGAAGCGCUGGUUUUACUCUUCUCUGCCGGGCACACUGCGUGUAUAUGGAUAUUAUUAGAUUAUCUGGAUAUAACUACGUAUAUCAAUGCCGAUAGAAAAAAAAAAAAGUUCCACUAAAAGCAACGCAACCAGCUGCAGGAUGAAGAUGAAAAAGAACCUGAGCAUUCGCUGGGAGAGCUUGAAAAGGGCUGCUGUGGUCCCAAUCGAUGAAAACGCCCACUACGAGAACGGCACCUGGUGCAACCGCGAUCUCAUCCCGAUUCCGCCGGAGAGGCGGACGUGGGGGAUUUGGGGGUAUUUUGGAUACUGGACGGUAUCAGGCUCCUGUAUCUUUGCAUGGACUAUUGGAAGUACACUGCUUGCCUUUGGGCUUAGUCCACAGCAGGCUAUUGCGUGUGUGGUCGUUGGCGGGAUACUUACGGGAUUGCUCGCGGUGGCAUGUGGCUGGAUGGGGGAACGGCAGCAGAUCGGAUUCACGGUUGCGUCGCGGUUUUCAUGGGGGAUGAGGGGAUCGUACUUCCCCGUCCUGCUUCGUGCCUUUGUAGGAUCGAUGUGGUUUGGAAUGCAGUCAUUUUGGGGAGGCCAAGCAACUCGAGUCCUUAUCGGGGCCAUCAUCCCAGGGUUCGCACAUAUGAAGAACUACUUCGCGGAAAGUUCCCAUCUUACAACAAAUGACUUCAUCGGCGUGGUAAUUUGGUACGCCGCUUUCAUCCCCCUCUGUCUCAUCCCGCCCGAGCGCCUACAAAAGCCAUUUGCCAUUUCAUUCGUCCUCUUCGCGUCGUCCUGUAUUGGAAUGUUAAUAUGGGGCGUCGAAAAUGCACAUGGACCAGGAUCCAUGUUCCAUAAACCCGCAAGCACACCCUCUGUCACCUGGGGUAUGCUCUAUGGCAUCAGCGCUAUACUGGGAGCCUGGGGCGCCGGCACCCUGGCCCAAUCUGACUGGACGCGAUAUGCCAACCGGCCCCUGGCGCCCACCCUUUCGCAGCUCGUAGCUGCGCCAGUUACCAUUGCUGUCACUGCGAUAGUUGGUAUCAUUGUGACGAGUGCUGCAAAUGAUUUGCUCGGCGAGAUUAUGUGGAAUCCCAUAUAUUUGAUUGCGGCGAUACAGGAGGAGUAUGAGUCGAGUGCGCGGGCGAGGGUGGGUGUGUUUUUUGCGUCGGUGGGAAUGGUUGCGACACAGCUUGCGAUAUCCGUUGUUUUGAAUUCUAUUUCGACGGGCAUGGAUAUGGCUGGUCUGUGCCCAAAGUAUAUCAACAUCGUCCGCGGAAGCUACAUCAUGGCUUUUAUCGGGUUUUGCUCGCAACCCUGGCAACUUCUCGCAACUGCCACCAAAUUCCUCUCCGUAGUAUCGGGGUUCGGGAUCUUCAUGGCCUCCCUGACUGGCAUUAUGCUGGCUGAUUACCAUGUCAUCCGCCGACACAAACUUAAAAUAGACGACCUCUACACGGGUGAUCCGGGGAGCAUAUACUGGUAUUGGCACGGGUUCAACUGGCGCGCUGUCGUUGCGUUUGUAUCUGGCGUGUGGCCGUUGUUUCCCGGCCUCAUCGCCUCCAUAAACAACAUCACCCACCCGGGCCUAGCGAACUGGAUCAAACUGUUCAAUCUGACCUUCUUUGUUGGCCUCGCUGUCAGCUUUGCUUCCAUGGCUACUGUGUGCUAUAUAUGGCCUCCUCGGGGGUUAGGGGAGGAGGCGCCGUUUAUAUCACAUAUGCAACGGGCGGACGGGGUGGAUUCUGUCUUGGUUGGUAGAGAGGACAUUGCAGCGGGGCAGGGGAGAUCGGGAUUGGAUGGGGUGGUCAGGGUAGAUUUGAAGGAUGAUGGGGCGCUGCGGGGGGUGGAGAGGGUGGUGUAAAAGGGGGAGGGAAGAGGGGUGGGUUUUUUUUUUUUCUUUUUUUUCUUUUUUUUUUCUGGGUGGUUCUGCUUGAGAUAGAUGGGUAUGGGUUUGAAAACGGGGGAUGUUUG